CUCAAGCAUUAGCACCAACAAGCUCUGAGCAUCAUCAGUCUCUGGAAAGCCUUCUGAAUUAGACAAGGGCUGCCUCUCAGCACAGCUACAAAACACUUUAAACCUGACCAGCUAAAUGGAUAAACCUAGCCUGCAUAGCUUUUAAACUGGGGUCUCAUACAGCACAGGAGGCCUACUUGCUUCAAGAACUGAAAAUCCAGAGGAUGAAUUGCUUUAUCUGGGAAUGGCAAAAGCCAGCACAAUAAGGAAUGCCAGGUAUUCUGAAGAUUUUCUCUUUUUUUCCUGUCUUUUUACAGAGAAGUUGGUUACCUUCGAGAUGGGCUGUAGCUCUUUUGCACAGAUUGCCAAUUAGUGCUGAUGGGUCUCUGGUGAAUUAAUUACACAAUGGUCCUCAGAGCCUAGAGGCCCUCUCCCCCCCCAACAGCUUCCUUCUCCCUGCCCCCACCUCCCACCCCAUGCUGAUAUUUUUUAUAUAUGUAUACAUAUUUUUUGCCUGUCCUCUCCGGGGAAGUUUGUAUGGAGCUACUGGCUCACAUGCGGGAUCGGAAUGGUGUGAAUGACAGCCGCACUGUGUCAUGAAGGUGGUGGCGGUUUCAGCCCCAGAUACCAAAUAAGAAGAAAGCUGAGAGAGGGGGGAACUGUUUUUGGAUGACAAAGGAUGGGUUUCCAUUUAAUUACGCAGCUGAGAGGCAUGCGUGUGGUGCUAGUGCUACUCCCUACGCUGCUGCUCGUUAUGCUCACGGGGGCUCAGAGAGCUUGCCCAAAGAACUGCAGAUGUGAUGGCAAAAUUGUGUACUGUGAGUCUCAUGCUUUCGCAGAUAUCCCUGAGAAUAUUUCUGGAGGGUCCCAAGGCUUAUCAUUAAGGUUCAACAGCAUUCAGAAACUCAAAUCCAAUCAGUUUGCCGGCCUUAACCAGCUUAUAUGGCUUUAUCUUGACCAUAAUUACAUUAGCUCAGUGGAUGAAGAUGCAUUUCAAGGGAUCCGUAGACUGAAAGAAUUAAUUCUAAGCUCCAACAAAAUUACCUAUCUGCACAAUAAGACAUUUCACCCGGUUCCCAAUCUCCGCAACCUGGACCUCUCCUACAACAAACUUCAGAUGUUGCAGUCGGAACAAUUUAAAGGCCUUCGGAAACUCAUCAUUUUGCACUUGAGGUCAAACUCAUUAAAGACUGUGCCAAUAAGAGUUUUUCAAGACUGUCGAAAUCUUGACUUUCUGGAUUUGGGUUACAAUCGUCUUCGAAGCCUGUCCCGAAAUGCUUUUGCCGGCCUCUUGAAAUUAAAGGAGCUUCACUUGGAGCACAAUCAGUUUUCCAAGAUCAACUUCGCUCAUUUUCCACGUCUCUUCAACCUGCGCUCAAUCUACUUACAGUGGAACAGGAUUCGCUCCAUUAGCCAAGGCUUGACAUGGACUUGGAGUUCCUUGCACAACUUGGAUUUAUCAGGGAAUGACAUCCAAGGAAUUGAGCCGGGCACAUUUAAAUGUCUGCCCAAUUUGCAAAAAUUGAAUUUGGAUUCAAACAAGCUUACCAACAUCUCCCAGGAAACUGUCAAUGCAUGGAUAUCAUUAAUAUCCAUCACUUUGUCUGGAAAUAUGUGGGAAUGCAGUCGGAGCAUUUGUCCUCUAUUUUACUGGCUUAAGAAUUUCAAAGGAAAUAAGGAAAGCACCAUGAUAUGUGCAGGACCUAAGCAUAUCCAGGGUGAAAAGGUUAGUGAUGCAGUGGAAACAUAUAAUAUCUGCUCUGAAGUCCAGGUGGUCAACACAGAAAAAUCACACCUGGUGCCCCAAACUCCCCAGAAGCCUCUGAUUAUCCCUAAACCUACAGUCUCCAAAUCUGACCCCACACAGCCCAUGCUUGCCACACCAAGCCCUUCCACAGGGUUUCAGAUUCCUGGCACAGAGCAAGAGUAUGAGCAUGUUUCAUUUCACAAAAUUAUUGCAGGGAGCGUGGCUCUCUUUCUGUCUGUGGCCAUGAUCCUCUUGGUGAUCUAUGUGUCUUGGAAACGCUACCCAGCCAGCAUGAAACAACUUCAGCAACACUCUCUUAUGAAGAGGCGGCGGAAAAAGACCAGAGAGUCUGAAAGACAAAUGAAUUCCCCUUUACAGGAGUAUUAUGUGGACUACAAGCCUACAAACUCUGAGACCGUGGAUAUAUCCGUUAAUGGAUCUGGGCCCUGCACAUAUACCAUCUCUGGCUCCAGGGAAUGUGAGCCCCCGCACCGAGUGAAGCCCUUGCCCUACCACAGCUACGAGCAGCCGGUGAUCGGGUACUGCCAGGCGCACCGGCCGCUCCGCGUCAGCCAGGGCUACGAGGCCACGUCUCUGGAGCAGGACGAGGCCCCCGGCCUGGACCUUGGGCGCGACCGCAGCUUCAUCGCCACCAUCGCCAGGUCGGCAGCGCCCGCCAUCUAUCUGGAGAGACUCACAAACUGACACGCGGGAGCCAGGCCUGGAGCACCCUGCCCUGGAAGCAGGGUGCAUCUUCAUCCACGCCGGCCCGUGUUCCUGCGUAAACGCUUCUGACUUAAAGGAAAGGAACCCAGAACUGCUUCCAAGAGGGCAGCAGACCGCCUGCACAAUAGUCGAGAGAACUACAGACUCUCUUUGCUCUCAACCGUAAAAUACCCAAAAAUGCUCCUGGAUGUAAAUAGUACAAGUGUCAAGUUCUUAUAAAAGUAGAUUUCACCCCAGCUACAUAGAGGUUUGUUUGUAUAUUUACUUUUUCUACACUGCAUGGUUCCUGGGCUGGAGAACCACAGGGCAGGGAAAAAACCUGGGGUGGGUGGGAAGUCGGGGUGACAAUCCAGUUUUCCUUGUUAGGCGUGUGGAAUUCUGGCACUUUAUUUCAAUCGCUUUAUUUCACUUUUCCUUUUUAAAAUGCUGUUUGUUCUUGUUUGCUUUGUUUUACUUUAUUUUUUCCUGGUCACGUGAUUCUGUUCCAAUGCUGAACACGGGCAUUAGCGCUUGUCGUACCAAAACAAAAUGUGCUUUAACACAGACCGCAGUGAAACAGCAUCUGACCACAAAGU